AUGGGUGUAACUUCCAUGUUUGGUCUUAUCGACCUUAAGACACUGCUGCUCGGAAUAGCGGUAUUCCUCGGCGUGUAUUGGCUAGCACUUCGCCGCAAAAGCCCCCGAAACCUCCCGCCCGGACCGACGGGUUGGCCGCUCCUCGGCUACUUGCCUAAGCUUCUCUGGAGUGAAUGCCCGUGUGAAACCCUCAUGUAUGAGUCUAGGAAGUACGGGGAAGUUUUGAGUGUCAAUCUAGCUGGGCAGCUUACAGUUGUGCUCAAUAGUGCUGCUAGUAUCAGGGAGGGCUUCAACAACCCACUCGUUACUGAUAGGCCGUUGACUACAUUAUACGACAACCUGGUACCCAAUGGUAAAGGCGUGGCGACCUGCUCUGGUAAAGCCUGGUCCAUUCAAAGACGGUUUUGUCUUAGAGCUCUUAGAGGAUUUGGAUUUGGUAAAGCCAGCUUCGAAGAUACCGUUUCGACAGAGACCUCUCGCGUCAUCGAGGAAAUGCGAGACCACAAGGGGGCGCCUUUCUCUCCAACCCUCCUUUUCACUAAUUCCAUCUCGAAUAUUAUCUGCUCCGUGAUUUUCGGGAAAACAUUCGAGUAUUCGGACUCCAAAUUCCAGAAGUUACUCGCCACGAUCAAUCGUGCUUUUGAGCUGACCGGCGCCGGAGGACCAUUAGUAUUCUUGCCCCUUGCCCAAAAGUUAACAUGUCUCCCAUCAUAUCGUGAGCUUCAGCGCUGUAUUGGUGACAUUUUAGAUUUUGUUCGCGAGGAAAUCGAAGCACAUCGUUCAAACCUCGACGUUGACGACCCGAGAGAUUUAAUAGACCACUAUCUGAUAGCCGAACAACACCGCAAUCUCGAUGAGAAACAAAAUGACAUCUCAAGUCACAUAAACGCCGACAACAUGGUCAUCACAAUUUUUGAGAUCUUCAUUGGCGGUACGGAGACCACUGCAAACUCUCUUCGCUGGGCGGUACUUUACUUGAUGGAGUACCCGGAGGUUCAAACCAAAAUCCAGCAAGAGAUCGACAGAGUGGUCGGAAGGAACCGGUUCCCGCGCCUCGCUGACCGGCCCAACAUGCCGUUCAUAGAGGCGACCAUCAUGGAACUUCAGCGCAUCAUGCCGGUCUCACCCCUCCCUCUCGCACGGUACACAUCCAGCGACACUGAAAUACAAGGUUAUAGCAUCCCCAAAGAUACCAUCGUCUUAGCGAACCUCAUGUCUGUUUGUAAAGAUGAGUCUUUAUGGGAGAAGCCCGAUGUAUUCGAUCCUGGACGAUUCAUCAAAGAUGGGAAGAUGUUUCAACCAGAUGAUUUUCUUAUCUUUGGUGCAGGUCGCCGGGUGUGUCUUGGCGAAGGUCUUGCCCGGAUGGAGCUCUUUAUAAGCCUCUCAAACCUUCUUCAUCAAUUCACCUUCAAGAAGCCAGAGGAAACCACCAUCUUGUCAUUCAAAGCUACCGAGGCACUGACGAGAGCCCCAUUAUUUGAGUACGAAACACGGGUGAUAUUGCGCGACUAAUAAUUUAUCGGACACAACCAAAGCUUUAGGGACACGUUGCCUUGGAUCGGUUGAUUUGGUCUAUGGAAAGCGUUUGAAACCGUUUGAUAUGAAAUCGAUGGGGCUAGAAGGAUGUUUUAAAAAAAAGUAGAGAAUGCAAAGAUCCAUUCCAACUUGCCUCAAAAUCGCGUGGUUUUCCUUUUACUUUGCGAACGAACACGGUUAGCAACAAAUUUUACCCCACAAAAUGGCGUGCCGUGUUAUUUCAAGACGUAUAUAUAACGAAAACCGUGCAAUUUCGCGGCACUUUGUGUGAUACAAAUAUUGUUCAAACACUUUUUUUUAUUUAGACCAACUCGCCCGAUCCAAGGCAACGUGUCCCUUGAAUUGAAUGGUACCGUUUGUUUAAAACUAUUUCUGUGAAUUGAAUGGUACCGUUUGUUUAAAACUAUUUCUGUGACGUCACCGUAGACUAUUUUAUACAAAUAUUUACU